AUGCUCUCUCACUCCCUUUCUCCUUCCACUCCUCUCACUUACACUUUCCCUCCUUCUGCUCCACUUAUUCUCUCUCUCUCUCUGCUCUUCUCAUUUCAUCUCUCUUCCUGCUCCUCUCAUUCUAUCUCUCUUUCUGCUCCUCUCAUUGCCUCUCUCUUUCUGCUACUCUCAUUGCCUCUCUCUUUCUGCUCCUCUCAUUGCCUCUCUCUUUCUGCUCCUCUCAUUGCCUCUCUUUUUCCACUCUUCUCAUUGCCUCUCUUUUUCCACUCUUCUCGUUGCCUCUCUGCUUUUGCUCUCUCAUUCCUUCUCUCCUCCCACCCUGCCUCCUUAUCUAUUAUCUUUUUUAUCCACCAUCUUUGUUUUCUUCCCUCCUUUCUCUCUUUUGCUCAUUUUCUCUCCUUUUCUUUUUCUUUUGCUCUUCUGCCUCUUUUCCAUACCAGUUUUCUCUCUCAAUUUUUACCUCCAUUUACUUGUUUCUCUUUUUACCUCUAUUUACUAACUUAUUUUCUCCUUAUCACUUUCUUUCUCUUCAUCCCUUUCUCUCAUCUUUCUCCUUAUAUUUUUCUUUCUUUCUCUUUAUGCCUUUCUCCCUUUCCAUCCCUCUCUACAUUCAUUCACAGAUACAUUUAG